UCUCUCUCUCUUUCUCUCUCUCUCUCUCUCUCUCUCUCUCUCUCUCUCUCUCCGAGCGUAGGGGGGAACCACCAGACUAACAACCUGUGGAGAAUGACGUAUGCGUUCACCUGCUGAAUUCGCCUACUAUCCCUGUGGUGGCCCCCACUGGUGCCCGAGUGUUGGAUUUUUACUUCUGUGACAAAAGUUCUUCGGAUGACAAGAGUUCUUUGAGUAACGAACGUUCUUGUUUUGUGGCAUAAGCCUUUAGCGUGACAAAAGUUCUCAAACUGACAAAAAUACUCUGUGUGGGAAAAAAAAAGUUGUCAAAGUGACGAAAGUUCUCAAGACAGAAAAUCUUUUAAAGUGACGAACAUUCUUCGUGUGACUAAAGUUCCCCCCAGCUGCUAAAGUAUUCUUCUUUCAUUCCAAGUUUGAGUUAAGGCUGAUUCAGACACAGUACCAUUCCAGUUUAUCUUCAAAGACCGCAACAAGACCGGAAAGAAGAAAGAGAAUAGAAAGCGCCCUUGUGUCAACUUUCCACAGUUAUGAAACUUCUGGAACAGAUCAAAUUUCCGAGAUAUGUGAUUGUUCAGAAAAACAAGACAAACAAAAACUUCAUUUCUUUCACUGUUCACAUUUUGGAAAAAUAUCUUUCCAAACGUGACAACUCAACUUGAAGAACUGUGUAUCCGUAGACAAGUAUAAAGUCAGUGAUUCAACACGCUUUCUCUGAACUGAUCAGGUUAUAAUCAUUCAUCUUGAAGACUCGACGGUCUCUUUGACGUUGGGAAAAAAAUCAAGAUGUUUUCUCUACACAUAUUGUGCUAUUUGUGGGGUAUUCUACUCAUGACAGUCGUGGGCGGGGCUUCCGCACGGCGAGGGGUGGAGAGACACACCAAAUAUGGUAACGUGAAAGGUGUGAUCGAAGCAGUGCACGGUGGACACAGGGUGGAGAAGUUCUUGGGCAUCCCUUACGCCAAACCUCCGGUGGGAGAGCUCCGUUUCGAGGCUCCCGAGGCCCCUGAUACGUGGCAAGGCACAAAGAGGACUGUGGACCUUCCUCCGGCCUGCCCUCAGCCUCGUAUGGGUGUCGACUACAUCAACAUACAUGUGCCAGGGUUUAACAGAACCAGUGAAGACUGUCUGUACCUCAACAUAUAUGCCCCGAGG